AUGGUUGCUAACAUGAGGAGAAGGAGUAGUGGUGUUGAUGACAUCGCGGAGGCUAUUCACCGAAUGGUGGAUGCGAUGCAAACACCGGUACCAUCGCAACCUAGAAAGGCGAUUGCACCAGUUAGGGUGCCGACUGUGGAGGACUUCUUGCGCCACAAGCCAGCAGAGUUUACGGGCAAAGCCUCUCCCGAUGAAACAGAUGCAUGGCUCCGCAAAUGUGAGAAGAUCUUCAAGGUGAUGAACUGCGAAGAUGAGCAGAAGCUGUUGUUUGCUACCUAUCUGCUGAAUGAGGAUGUUGAAUAUUGGUGGGCAAGCAUGCAACAACAGAUGGGGACUAGGGAAGAGCCGGUGACUUGGGUCAACUUCAAGACUCAUUUUCUGGAGAAAUACUUUCUAUAUACAACUAGACAGGACAAGGAGGCUGAAUUCCUUGCAUUGCAGCAAGGGGACAUGAAGUGCAGGAGUAUGUCAACAAGUUUGAGCAUCUGGCGAGAGGAAUGUCGUAGAGGCGAGGCAGAUGAAAAAGCCUUACAACCAACCACAGACAUCUUAGGGUCCCACUUGCUACCAGUGUGGCGGACCCCAUUUGAAAAGGAAUGCCCACAACUGACAGGUGGAGUAGGAGGGUCAGGUGACCGUCUCAAGUUUUUCAUAUGCGACAAACCUGGACACUUUGCAAAUAAUUGCCCAGAAAAGAAGAGUCUGAGUGUGAAGAAACCAGCAGCAUCACCAGUAGAAAGGGCUAGAGCAGUCGGCAGGGUCUUUGCCUUGACCUCCACAAAGGCUACUCGAUCAGGUAACCUUAUUCUUGAGCCUUGCUUAUUGUUGGGUUAUUCAGUGUUGGUGUUGUUCGAUUCUAAAGCAACGCAUUCUUUCAUUGCUAAUACGUGUGUGGGGAUAUUGAAUUUGGUGAAACGCGAUUUGGGGUGUGAGUUGCUUGUUUCAACUCCCUCCUCGGGUCAAGUAGCUACUAGUUUAGUCUGCGUUGGGUGUUCAAUGGAAGUGGCAGGUCGUAGAUUCAAGGUGAACUUGGUGUGCUUGCCUUUGGAGGGACUGGAUGUAAUCUUGGGGAUGGACUGGCUGCCUAACAAUCACAUUAUAAUUGAUUAUGGACGGCGCAAUUUGGUAUUCCUAGAAUAUGAGGGAUUGGAGUUAAUCUCAACCCAGAGAGCGAUAAAUGAAGUGGAAGCUAGAGCCACCUGUUUUAUGAUAGUGGCUCACACAGAGAAGAAUAACACCGCUGAGAAGAUCAGUGAGAUUCCAGUAGUGGAGGAGUAUGCGGAUGUGUUUCCAGAUGAAAUACCAGAGUUACCACCGAGUAGGGAUGUAGAUUUCACCAUUGAUCUUAUACCUGGAGUUGGCCCAGUAUCCAUGGCACCCUAUAGAAUGGCACCAGCGGAGUUGGCUGAGUUGAAGAAGCAAAUAGAAGACUUGCUUGAGAAGAAGUUCAUCCAGCCGAGCGCAUCACCUUAG